AUGGCAACCCCGCAGGAACUCGUCCCCCAGACAGAGUCCAUCGCUGAGGUCUACGCAACUGACGAUGCCUCCGUCACUUCAGUUGCGCCUCACCAUCAGUCUCGGUUUAACAACCUGGUCUCCCAGUUCACCAAGGUUUACAGCCAUCGUCCCGAUUUCGUGGCCCGCAGUCCCGGUCGCGUGAACAUCAUUGGUGAGCACAUCGACUACAACCUUUAUGAUGUCCUCCCUACAGCAGUAAGCGUGGACGUGAUCAUUGCUGUAAAGGUCGUCCCUGCGACUGGCUCCGACUCUGUUGUAAAGAUUGCCAAUGUCAACCCGGAGAAGUUCCCUACCCGCGAGUUUGUCGUGCCUCGUGACACGGACAUUGAAAUCGACCCUAAGAAGCAUGAGUGGGUUAACUACUUCAAGGCGGGACUCCUGGGCGCCCUGAAGUUUUUGCGCAAGCAGAAUGCAGAUGGCUCCUUUGUGCCUGCUAGUAUGGAGGUUCUCCUGGACGGUAAUGUACCUCCGGGUGGUGGUAUCUCUAGCAGUGCGGCUUUCGUAUGCGCCAGUGCCUUGGCUGUCAUGAAGGCCAACAACCAUGAUGUCUCGAAGCAGGAUCUUCUUGAUUUGGCAGUAGUGUCUGAGCGUGCAGUUGGCGUCUACUCCGGAGGCAUGGACCAAGCCGCCUCCAUCUUCUCUCGCCGAGGAUACCUCCUGUACACCCAAUUCUUCCCUAACUUCUCCGUUCAGCACGUUCCCAUUCCAAAGGCCGAUGAGGAAAUCACUUUCCUUAUGGCCCAGAGCUUCGUCACCUCCAACAAGGCCGAGACCGCUCCCCGUCACUACAACCUCCGUGUCGCUGAGUGCACGCUCGCCGCCGUGGUCCUGGCUGCCCGGAACGGCUUGACCCUCCCCAAGGACAACAGCUCUCUCGGCUUCAGUCUCCGUAACUUCCACAACGAGUUGAUGCGCAAAGAGGGCCGUCUCGGCGACCCCCUGGAGUACCAGAUUGACUCCGUCAUCCAGAGCACUCUGGAGCUUCUGACGCAAGAGGAAGGAUACACUCGCGAGGAGAUCGCCAAGCUUCUCGGCAUCACUGUCCCCGAACUCGAAGCCAAGUACCUUUCUUCUUUCCCCGUUCAAGCAGAGCGUUUCCUCCUUCGUCAACGCGCCCUGCACUGCUUCACCGAGGCCCGCCGAGUCUUGGACUUCAAGGCAUGCCUCGCGAAGGCGAGCACCCUCGAUGAAAGACGCAUCCAGUACCUGGGUCAGCUCUUGAACGAGUCCCAGGCUUCUUGCCGCACCCAGUACGACUGCAGUGCACCGGAGGUGGAUGAGAUCUGCGAUAUCGCUCGUCGGGCGGGAACCCUGGGUAGCAGACUGACCGGUGCCGGAUGGGGUGGUUGCACCGUCCACAUGCUGCCCCAGUCCAAGGUCGAAGCUGUUACCAAGGCCUUGAAGGAGGAAUACUACCUGAAGCACUUCCCUGAUAUCAGCGAGGAGAAAUUGGCUGAAGCCAUGGUCAUUAGCAAGCCGUCUAACGGAUCGUUCAUGGUCACGGGCGCAGCUAUUGCCCAGGUUGAAGUUUAG